AACCGGUGAAACACUAACGCUAGUGUCCAAUUUUUUGUCGUCAAACUCUCUGCUGCUGAUCCAAAAUUAUAUCUGAUCAGAUUCCAUUCCACCAAGAAAUCUCAAUUACCCUCCUAGAAAUCCAAUUAUUUUCAACAACUCCAACCAUGGAAUCUCUAGUUUUGUCUUGGGCAUCCGCUGCCAUCAUCCCAAAGUCAACCCCAAUAAUCAAUCCUCCUAGUCCUUUCGCCGACUCCUCUGUACCGAAAUUUCCGUUAAAACCAUCUUUGCGUUUACCCACCAUUACACCUCCUCGAAUUUCUUCAAUUCCACCAUCCAGUGAAGAACACCCACUCCCAGAUUCCCCGGUUCCAGAACUUAGGGUGCCACACCAUUGGCUGCUCCCUUCCAAAGCUUUAGAGGAAUCAGAGUGGCUUAGGGUUACACUGCACAAAUGGUUGGAUGAUGAGUACUGCCCCGAGCCAACCAAUGUGGAGAUUAGCAAGGUUGCUGCUCGCUCAUAUUAUGAAUCUUUGUUAGAGAAACAAACAGAUGUAGGUGAGAUUUUGUUGAAGAUGGCACAUGAAUUGGAAUCUAUUUCCUAUCAGGAAAGCUUUCAUGGUGCAUUCUCAUCAGCAAAUGCAGCUGUCAACUUGAUAGUCCAACGCAUAGAGCAGGCCUAGUCUUUUAAUUUGGUCCAAUGUUUUCAAGUAACUGUCUAGAUUUAUUACUGCAUCCUGCUCCUUCGGUUGUUAAUAUUCCUUUAGUUAUGUAUGGCAGGGUGCACUCUUAUACCCUUCAUGACAGUUUGAUAUUGAGAUCUCUGGUGUAAUAUCUCAACUUUAUAAAUCAUCCUCAGUACCAUGUUAAUGGUAAUAUUAAGAACAAUAAGUGUAUUGGCAUGGAAGAAGUUGAAUAUAUGAAAUUAUCUUAUUCUUAAA